AGACGAGGCACUAUGAAGGACGAAAAUGGUGUACAGCUGCAAGAUGUCUCAUACGAACAAGGAAUGGACAACCCUGGAUUUGUCCUGGAGGAGGACAACGUGGCAGAUGACAACAGUGACCAUGAAAAAAAGACCAAAAAGGGAGUUAAGUCAUAUUUAAGGAAAGCUUCUAAACCCAUUACUGCAACAGAAAACUUCUGCAAGGCUCAUUCCAAAAUCAUCAAAUACAUUGUUCUGGGCAUACUGACUGCAGGCUAUGUGGCAUACUUCAUCGCUGCCUGUGUGCUGGACUUUCACAGAGCCAUCGCGCUGGUGGUCCUCACCUGUCUAGCGGUGCUUAUCAUAGCAUACGAGCUCAUUAAGCAGCAUUUGGGAGACAGCAUCAAACAGUGUUUCAAGCCUGUUUACAGACUCUUCAAAGCCAACCGCAAAUGGUUAAAAUGGGUGUUCGUAUUGGUGGUACUCGGACUUUUUAUUGCCUGGUUGGCGGUAGACACAAGCAAGAGGCCAGAGCAGCUGAUCUCGUUUGGGGGAGUCUGUGUAUUCAUCAUUGUCAUUUUCCUCCUCUCCGCCCACAGAUCAGCGGUGCGAUGGAGGACGGUCUUUUGGGGACUUGGUCUCCAGUUUGCCAUUGGUCUCUUUGUCAUAAGGACUGAACCUGGUUUCGCAGCCUUCAGAUGGCUCGGAGAUCAAGUCCAGACAUUUUUGAACUACACAAAAGCUGGGUCAUCGUUUGUUUUUGGAAGCGAUCUGACUGAAAACAUCUUCGCUUUUCAGGCUUUGCCCAUAGUGGUUUUCUUCAGCAGUGUCAUGUCAGUCCUCUACUUUCUUGGAGCGAUGCAGUGGAUUAUCAUUAAGAUUUCGUGGAUCAUGCAGAUAACAAUGGGAACAUCCUCCACAGAGACCUUGAGUGUUGCAGGCAAUAUAUUUAUUGGCCAGAGUGAGGCGCCCCUGUUGAUCCGGCCCUAUUUGAAGGACAUGACUAAGUCGGAGCUCCACACCGUUAUGACUGGUGGCUUUGCCACUAUUGCUGGAAGUGUGAUGGGAGCGUUCAUUUCUUUUGGGAUUGACGCAGGAUCUUUGAUUUCGGCCUCUGUUAUGGCUGCUCCAUGUGCACUGGCCAUGUCUAAACUCUCUUAUCCUGAGACAGAGGAGAGCAAAUUCAAAUCUGAAGACAAAAUCAAAAUGGAUGCGGGUGAUGAGCAGAAUAUCCUGGAGGCCGCCAGCAACGGAGCAUCUGCAUCCAUUGGCCUUGUUGCUAACAUAGCUGUUAAUUUGAUAGCAUUUCUUGCCAUCUUGGCUUUCAUCAACUCUGCGCUGAGUUGGCUUGGAGGAAUGGUAGACUACCCAGGUCUUACAUUUGAGCUCAUCUGUUCGUAUGUGUUCAUGCCUUUGGCCUUCGUGAUGGGGAUACCCUAUGAGGAGUCUUUCAUUGUGGCUGAGCUCAUUGGUACCAAGCUUUUCCUUAAUGAGUUCAUUGCCUACGAGAAACUCUCCGUGCUGAAGAACAACCGACUGGAGAACCUCAACGAUCCCAGCCUAGAUCUCCAGGCCAUCUCAGUCAGGUCAGAAAUCAUCAGUACCUAUGCUCUGUGUGGUUUUGCCAACUUCAGUUCUCUGGGCAUUGUAAUCGGAGGCCUGUCUGCCAUAUGCCCUCCAAGAAGAGGUGACAUCUCAGCAGUAGUGACCAGGGCGCUUUUCACAGGCACUUGUGUUUCUCUGGUUAACGCCUGUAUUGCUGGAAUUCUGUUUGUGCCAACGCUGGACUGUGUUAAUGUAUUCAGAACAAACAAUUUCAGCAACACAGUCCCUGACAUGAAAGCAUGCUGUUUUGACCUGUUUGGAAGUGCCGUGAACAAUGGGACUGUGUCCUUCGAGGGGUCUUGGAGCACUGUGAAAAAUGCUACCAUUUAUUUCGCCAACUGUUGUGGCCUCUACAAUGAGCCUGUUUGCAAUUUUUAA